CAGACUUCCUUCAUCGAACUCACCAAAGCCCCGAUGAGCAAACCUCUUUAUUCCCUUUCCCCUUCUUCCUUCGAUCCCUUGGGUCUUACAAUUCCCAGGGUUUAUCCCAACUCUCCCACCAUUUAAUUUGAAUCCCUAAUAUUCCCUCUCAAUACUUCUCUCUUAAACCCUUUAUCACUGUUCUAAACCCUAGCUAAUUUGGGUCCCUGCAAAUCUUUCUUCUUCUUUUUGUUUUUAUGGGUCUGAAUUUUGGUCGAUUGAAGCAGCGUUUCAUUUCCAAUUCUCGAAAUUACUGGUAAGACUCCCCAAGGAUUAACUGUGUCUGUUUUCUUGUCAUUUUCAUUGUUCAGUAUCUCAGCUUCGAAUCGGUUGCUAUCGCUCUAGGGUUUUCUUGUCAUUUUUCUCGGUUUUCUUGGCAACAAGAACCGGGAUCAGGUGCUUUGGUUUUGGAUGAUUUUUUUAUAUAGCUAAAUGCUGGGUAAUUUUAUGGCUAGUGGGAAUUUAUGGGGUGAGUGAUGCGGGGUCGAGAAAACCCUAAAUGAUAUGAGGUUUUGAAUAUGAGCCAUGGAGGUAGAAAUGGUACGAAAGGUAAUGAACAACUAGAUUACGAUACAUCAAGUAGACCCGGAGCCAAUGACUUUGGGCGAGCGGUGUCAAAGGUUGCAGUUGCACAGGUAUGCGAGAGCGUGGGGUUUCAGGGCUUCAAAGACUCUGCUUUGGAGGCUCUCGCUGACAUUGCAAUUCGAUACCUUCGUGACCUAGGAAAGACGGCGAGUGUCUAUGCUAACUCAUCUGGUCGGACAGAGUGUAAUGUGUUCGAUAUCAUUAGAGGGUUGGAGGAUUUGGAAGCUUCACAAGGCUUUCUGGGUGGGUCGGAGGUAAAAAAUUGUCUUGCUGGUUCGGGAACAGUGAGGGGGAUUGUUGAGUAUGUGGGUGGGGCAGAGGAGAUUCCAUUUGCGCAGCCAGUGCCUCAGUUUCCGGUGAUUAAGCAUCGGAAACUGAUUCCAAGCUUUGUACAAAUGGGUGAAACGCCACCUGGCAAUCAUAUACCGCCAUGGUUGCCAGCUUUGCCUGAUCCACAUACGUAUAUCCAUACACCUGUAUGGAAUGAGAGGGCAACAGAUCCUCGCACAGAUAAGAUUGAGCAAGCACGACAACGCAGAAAAGCAGAGAGGUCCUUGUUGAGUUUGCAGCAAAGGUUGUUGUCCAGUGGUUCGGAGGGAACUUCAACCUCGCGUAGUGAUGCAAAGGAAUCGGAUGGGGCUCAAAAUAACCCAUUCCUUGGACUGCCUCUACAACCAGGGGAGAAAGAUGUUUCUCUGGUGGUUUCACCGAGUAAGACUUCGGAUGAAAUGGUGGAGAAUAUCCAUGUCUCCGUACUAGAGGCAUUUGCUCCUGCCAUUGAAGCGGUCAAAGGUGGGUUUUCUGAUGAUGGGGAAGAUGGGAAAAAUGUUCUUCCUAAUGUGAGGCCUGCUGUUCAGUUAAAGUUUAGAACUGGCAAGAAGUUUCUAGGUGAAUCAUUGGAUUUGAGCCUUCAGAACAAGGGUGUUGGGAGAGCAGCCUCUUGGGUUGCACGGGAUGAGGAGAGGGAUGACAAGAAGAGGAGAGCUGAAUUAAUUCUUAGACAGUCUACAGAAUACCCGCUGGAACUCAAUCAGUUGUAAACUAGUUAGUUUAGAAAUCGGCAUUGGCAGUGGGCUAUGGAUGCUCCCAAAUUGAGGGCAUACUCGUUCUGCUAUGGAUAUUUUCAGAAUCUUGUGUUAGUUCCUCAUGGUCCACUUUAACAUUUUUUAGGGGCAUGUCAAUGUAUGUUUCCUUGUUAGCCUAACAUCUGCUUUGAUUCUUUGAAACUGAAGUCUUUUCUUUUUCUUCUUCCGCCAUUUUAUAUUUGUACUGACACACUGAGUUGUAAUGUUUGAAUUGGUAGGGAUGGAUUCUAUUCUUCUGGGAUUGCAAACUCCGUUUUCUUUUUCCAUGCAAUUAAUUGGAACUCUACAGACUA